AUGGAGGACAGCAUGGAUGCAGGCGGCCAGUGGAGAGAUAGUGAGGUUUUAGACCUCAUAGGUAUUUGGGGGGACACCUCGGUCCAAGCAAAACUUGAAGGUUCUUACCGUAACAGGUCUGUUUUUGAAGAAAUUUCUAAAGAAAUGUCCAAACGGGGCCAUAGAAGGACCUGGUUGCAGUGCCAGCGCAAAGUGAAAAGCCUGAAGGCUAAAUAUAAAGAGGCUAAAGAUUCAAACCAACGUAGCGGCCGUGGUCGUGCCACUUGCCCGUUUUAUGAAGAGCUCGAACGUAUUUUAGGAGACAAGCCGAGCGUUCAGCCACUGGAACUGCUAGAUAGCUCUGUGGCUGUAACCGAAGACGAGCCUGAAACUCCAGAGAGUGAAACAAGUUCAGCUGGCACAGACGCCGACACAGGAGAGUCACUCCUCUCUACAUCCUGUGUGUCUGGUGACGCCUCAUCACCUCAGCAGAGUACAGAGACCUGUGAGAAGGCCACAGCAGCCACCAAGUCAUCUGAAAGUUUCAGCACACCCACCAUUCAGCAGACCUUCAGGUGA